CAUCGAAUUGUAAUUCAAAGCAUCCAUAUUAAAAUAAUUUCGUUUUUCCGAUCUAUAUAUGAAUAUAUGAGAUUCGUGUUCCACAAAGACAGCAGAAUGCGUUCAAAACUACUGGAUGUGAGCAUAUAUAUCAUAUCAGUUUAUUGUAGAAUCUUAAUUAGUAGUAAUUUAUAUGUAUUUUAAUUCUCAAAACGGUAUGAAAUUUUAUAGAAUUACAGCAAACAUUGCCACUCGAUUCCUUUGUGUCAUACUGUGUGUUUCCACAAGGGGCGCUAAAGGGCUCAGAUUCGAUUCUCAGAAGUACUGUAGAUAUUUAUAGUCUAAAAAGUGUAACUGUUUAAAUCUAUUAAUUAUACGUUUCUUGACAUUAAAAUUAAAGUCCACCUCAGCGAUUUCUACAAAUUUAUUUAGUAACGACAUCCUUAUCAUGUGAUCACAAACGACUCUGAUUGGUUCAUCAUGGCCAGCGCUGAGCAAAGGAACAGAUAACACGUGACACCUAAACAGCAGUGAGCAGCAGCAGCAGCAUCCACACCGAGCGCAGGUGCAUUCAUCUCCAGCACUGUCUUCUCUCUGCUGGGUAGGAUGACACGAUGGCUCGCAGGAGAGAUGAUGAUGAUGAAGAUGACGGACACAAGCUGAUAGAGGAGGAUGAUGAUGCGCAUCCCAUCAUGGACAGUGAAGAUGGAGAUGCGCUGUCCCUGGACGAGAUUUUACAUCUAUACAAGCAGCCCAUCAAUGAGGAGCAGGCGUGGGCUGUGUGUUACCAGUGCUGUCGCUCGUUUUUGGAGGACAGGGACGGUUCCAGUGUCUCUGCUGGUGCCGGAGGACCGGGAGAUGUGAGGAUUUAUAAAGACGGAGCGGUGCGGUUACAUUCCGGAGGCAGAUCAGGUGUACGUAAUCCCAUCCGAUCAUCAACACAGCUGAUCGAGUCUCUGGGCAUCAUGAUCUAUAAGGCUCUGGAUUACGGCCUGAAAGAGAACGAGGAGCGAGAGCUGAGCCCGCCGCUCGAGCAGCUCAUCGACCUCAUGACCAAUGUGGGCGACCCAGAGAGCGACUCCUGCCCCGACGAAGGCUACGCCGCCACUGAGGAAGAGGAGGAUGACCGGGAGGGGAAUCCCCCCCACCCCUGCCGUAUCCGCGGAUUCCGUGACAUAAUCAAGCUGUGCAUCCUUCACCUGGCCACCCCAGCGGAUGCGCCCAAUCACUACCAGGCCGUGUGUCGAGCUCUUUACGCCGAAACCAAAGAGCUCCGCACCUUCCUGGAGAAGAUCAAGAGUGCAAAAGAGAACCUGCGUAAGAUGGAGGGAGACACCGUUGACGAACCUGGCAGGGAGCUAAACGAGCUGCAGAAUGCUGAUUGGACGUGGCUCUGGGUGCAGUUGAUGCGAGAUCUGAGGAACGGUGUGAAGUUGCAGAAGGUGCAGGAAAGGCAGUAUAACCCGCUGCCAAUCGAGUUCCAGCUCACGCCGUACGAGAUGCUCAUGGACGACAUCCGCUCCAAACGCUACAAGCUACGCAAGGUCAUGGUGAAUGGAGAUAUUCCACCCAAGUUAAAGAAGAGCGCACAUGAGGUCAUUCUUGACUUUAUCAGGUCCAGACCCCCCCUCAACCCUGUGGCAGCGCGAAAGCUCAAGCCGCAGGCCGAACGUCCUCCCAGUCUGCAUGAGCGUAUUCUGGAGGAGAUCAAAUCAGAGAGGAAACUGAGGCCCGUGUCGCCCGACCAGAUCCGUAGAAGUAGAUUUGCCAUUCGGCCUCUUAGCAUGUCUCAGAGUUUUGAUUCAUCAGAUGUGUCGUCCUCUGAUGGGGCGCGGAAGGCCUCCAGCACGCUGUCAUUGGCCAACGGAGUGUCGCUUCAGCAGAACGGUUCUGGCGGGUUUCAGAGGAAAAGGCUUAAAGCACCGACCCUGGCUGAACUGGACAGCUCCGAUUCAGAUGAUGAGACCGUAGGUCAAAGGUCGGCCAGCUGCUCCAGCAUCUCUACAUCCAUGGUGGAUGACACGUCACCAGAAUCCGUCCUGGGCAAGAAAACUCCACCCAUGUUCCUGCCCAUCUCGUCCACGCCACAGCCGGAGCGCCGCCAGCCCGCCCAGCGCCGUCACUCUAUCGAGAAGGAAACGCCCACUAGUGUGCGCCAGUUCCUGCCUCCCUCCAGGCACAGUUCAAAAUCCUUAGAGGAGUUUUGUUUCCCGGUGGAGUGUCUGGCUCUGACGGUGGAGGAAGUGAUGCACAUUCGGCAGGUUUUGGUCAAAGCUGAACUGGAGAAGUUUCAGCAGUACAAAGACGUCUACAAUGCCCUGAAGAAGGGGAAGCUGUGCUUCUGCUGCCGAACGAAACGAUUUUCCUUCUUUACCUGGUCCUACACCUGUCAGUUUUGUAAAAGGCCUGUGUGUUCACAAUGCUGUAAAAAAAUGCGGCUGCCAUCAAAGCCCUACGCCAGUCUACCCAUUUACUCUCUGGGUCCGUCCACGUCCACACUGAAACGGGACAAGGCGGCUCACAAGCCAGAGAAGCCCAGCACGAGCCACCAUCGACCCAGCCUUCAGCGCACAAUGUCCAAAUUAUCUAAGCACACUCGGCAGUCGUCCUCAUCUCAGGAGGAAAUUGAGCUCCCGAAAGAGCUGAUGGAAGACUGGAACGCCAUGGAGGUUUGUGUCGACUGCAAGAAGUUCAUCUCCGACAUUAUCGCCUCCAGCAAGCACAGCCUCUCUCUAGCCAACAAGCGUGCGCGCUUGAAACGCAAGACUCAGUCCUUCAUCAUGGCAUCUGAGAAGGGCGCAGAAUACCGGCCGUCGGAGAGAACCAUCAAGGAGGUUUAGACGCGGAUCACACCGUAUGUCAUCCUGUUGUAGUUGUAUAGAUUAGAACUGGUCGAGCGAGAGAUCGGUCGGUCAGCCGUGUUGUACAGAGCCAAUAAACUCGUAUGGAUGUGUAGCAGUUCUUCCACACGUGGGCCAUUUUCUAUUCUAUGCUGUAAUUAAUGAACUUUAUGACUCAUUAGGCCUUCUCAGUUUGAAAUAGUUAACCUUGAGUCACAAUCCUGGGAUAUCUUAUUUCACGUUUCAAGUUGAGCUCAUAUUUGUAUGGUGAAUUUUGUGGGCGAAAUCCAGACAUUUCAAUAGGAAUUAACGCAAUUGUAUGAAAGUCCAUUGCCACUAAAAAGGUCAUAAUUAUCAGAUUGAAAAGUCAAAAUUAUGACAUAAGAUAAAAACUUAACUUUAUGAUGUAAAAAAUAUGACAUAAAAAGUACAAAUUGUGACAUACUAAAUUGAAAUUCACAUUCAAAGUCAUUAUGACAUACUAAAUCGAAAUAAUGACAUUCAAAGUCAUAAUUAUGACAUACUAUGACAAAGAAAGGUCAAAAUAAUGGCAUAAAAAAAUACAACAUAGAAAGCAAUGGCUGUUUCACUACUAAUUUCAAAGUUCUGUGUGACUGCCACAAGGGGGCGAAAUGCAACAACCGUAUGCGAUUGUCAGAGAUAGUGGAAAGGCGGCUUAUCACCGCAUUUUUCCUACUUCAAGAUUUUGGACAAAGCCACUUUGGGCAAGCCUCCAAGCGUAACGCAAAACGUAACUCUGCGGUACACAGGGAAGGAGACCAGAGGCCGUUUUUUAAUGGAUGUCAAUGGAGGAGAGGCUUCACUGCGUUGAAGAAACUGCUUUUGUGGGAAAACGGCUUAUUAUUGAAUGAUUCAACAGCUAAUCUUCAACAUGUUUGCACUUUUUGGAUUGUUCUAUUUUUAGAUUUACACCACUGUUUUGAAAGAGAAGUCGCAGACAGUAUUGGGACAGGUUGGGUUCAAUUCAAUGACACCAAGGCUGUAAUGUAUGUGAUUGGUUAUCAAGGCACAUGUGAUCCAAGUUGGCCGUUAUGCUUUUUCCGAUGGUAGACCAUGGACCCUGGUAUCUCCUAAUAAUAAGACCAGGGCCGUCCCUAGCAUGAGGCAGGGACUAAUGCGAGUUAGAGGAAGCGGUGCCCCCUCGGUCGGUCUGUUUGCAAUCGCCUUCUGGGGCCCCCUAAAGGGUGGGGCCCGGUGUAGUCGCACCAUGCCCCUGAAUAAGACCAUCUUUGAUUUGCCACUGCAUUGCAGGGCUAACACCGAAAAAGCAGUGCUAAAGAGCAAGGUUUCAUAACCCUGGGUGUUAAACGUUCCCUUACCCUGGGUUAAAAGCAGGGUUUAGAAUGGCCAUAACAUGGGAAUAAAGGUCCAGUGUGUAAUAUUUAGAAGGAUCUAUUGACAGAAAUGCAAUAUAAUAUACAUAACAAUCUUAUCAGUGGUGUAUAAAGACCUUACAUAAUGAACUGUUAUGUUUUAUUACUUUAGAAUGAGCCAUUGCUAUCUGCGGGUCCCCUUACAUUGAAGUCGCCAUUUUGCGCCGCCAUGUUUCUACAGUAGCCCUAAAUGGACAAACUGCUUAUUGCUCUCUGCUGUCUCAGAUGAUGACAUCUUUGUCCUGUGUCGGCCACCAAAGCUUCUCUGUGCUUCGAAAGGGAGGGGUGAGCGGUGGACUGAGCCGCAAUUCGCAACCUCACUGCUAGAUGCCGCUAAAAAUUUACACACUGCACCUUUAAGUAUGGAAGCCCAUUUCCAUCACAUAAAAAAUGCUUUGGUAAAUCGUAAUUAUGGCAUAAAAAAGUCACAAUAUGACAUACUACUAAGGCGUAAUUAUGACAUAAAAAGUCAAAAUUAUGACAAAAGGUCAAAAUUAUGACUUGGUAUGUCAUAAUUUCGACUUUUUAUCUCAUAAUUAUGACUAUGUUUUAAUUAAGAUCUACCAAUGCAUGAUUUCCAGAUAUUUUCCUAGUUAAAAAUUGGAAAUGAAUGCCCUCUCAAGUCGUGUACCCAAGUUUCCGAGAUGGGCGUGCCAUAAACUUUAAACAUGGCGGGGGAAGAACGAUUGCGGAUGUGACUACUAUUUUUUAUUAGUUGUUUCCACAACAACUACAUCACUUUGUUUUGUCAUUAAAGUAGUGGAUAUUUGCAAAUGUAAAUAAUCAUUUGAAGCUUAUCGUAUGUUUUAUACACAGUGAAAAUAGCCUGUAUUUGACCGAAAUUCCAGAAUCGUCAGCAUGCUGACUAUCUAGAUAGCCCGGUUAAUGUUAUAGUUGUCACUGAAUGGGACACUAAAUAUCAUUUUGGCGUUAAUAAGAUUUUUGCUAUAAAUAGGCAAGAAUAAACCUAGUAUCCUCCAUGAUUGCUCUUUCCGGCAACAAAGUGCUUGAAUGCGAUAUUCAUAAGCCGUUAUACGUCCGUAAUGUGACGUUAGGGCUGGACUGUACAUUGAAUAUUCACUACUUUCACUAUCUCUCAAAGUCUCAUGACUUGCAACCAGGGUAUUCAACAAGAAAAAUGCAGGACUGGGACAAUAAAAUUGGGCAUUGCAUAUUAUUCUAUAUAAGACCAGGAGCAUGCAUUAAGAAAGUAAAAAGAGUCCGUUAUGAGUUCAUGCUGACUUUAAAUGUAUAAAGGUUUACAAUUUAUUAUGUGUGUCUCAUUUAUGGACAUUUAAACCAAUAAGCACAACUACGUCACUCAACACAGAAGCUGAAAAUCAAUUGGGAUUCUAUUAGAAACACCAUGAGAUAUUGUUUUUUAUUCGUGACUUUUGUAUAUGUUGGCGGUGUGUAUAUAGUUGUACAGCUCAUGAUACUCAUAUCUCUGUGAUUUGACUGUAAAUUAUGCGUAUGUUGAUUAACUUUGAGUAAUUCGAGAUCACCGUACCCCUGCAAGCCGUAUGCGCCGUUUUAUUUAUUGUUCGGGUUUAUAAACAUUAAGAGUUGCAUUUAUUUUUAGUACAUAAUUCAUGCUUUAUAUGUCAGGUAAUAUUCUGGGAUGUACAACGUUUAAUCAUGUCAGUCAGAGAUUUUUUGAUUAUUUUGUGGUGAUUAUGAUGAUGGUACCAAAAUCUCAUUCAGGAACUGUAAUUAUUUCAAUAGAUCUUCCCAAGCGUUUGGACAAUGAAGUAUUGUGUCGUUUCAUAUGAUCUGGGUCAAAGGUCAAUGCAAUCUCGACUCAUUCCCCAUUUAAAUCUGAUCUGUCAAUCAAACGUUUUAGGGUCAAACAUUAAUUUACAGUCAGUUUCUUUUUGAGAACUAUUUGCCAAGGCAUCAUCUGUAAAAGAGCUAUUUUAUCUCGUUUUUUUAUUAUCUGGGGAUUGUAUUUUUAUGUUUCGACCAGCUGAUACUUUGGAUCUCACUUUUUUGAUAGUUUAUAUCUCGCAUUGUUGUGGUAAAAUACAAGAUUGCAGAGUUUCAGAAUGUUUUAUAAUAUUCAUUUGAUGUUUUCAGUACUUAUAAUUUUGCUAGUUGUUUCUGUCCUCUGUUUUUAUUCAUCUGAUAAUGUAACAAUCAGUGUUUAAUUUUAUAGAAAAAUCUAAUUUGUAGCUGGUAAAUCACUGAAGCAAGAUCUUGUUGCCUUUUUCCUUCAUUAAUCCAGUAUGAAAUGAAGAGAGACUGAUAUCAAUGUGCAUGAGUGCUGAGGAUGUUCGUUUUAUUCAUUAGCUGUGAGGAAAUCUCUGUUUUAUUCAUUUGCUCUGAAGUGUCUCUUGAUUCCCUCUUUAAAGCAAUUAAUUUGCCUUAUAAACACUGCCUUUUUAAGCAUUGCAAUAUCAAGUCAAUUUAAUAUACAGUCCCAAAUCAUGUGUCUGUUUGCAGUAAAACUGCUCAUGCAUUGUAACAUCUGCACAGAUGCUGUAGAUUUUUAAACUGCUGACACAUGUUGGAGUAUCAUAAGACUCAUCACUGAGGUAAUACAAACUAAAACAACAUGUAAAUAAAUGUGUAAAAAAGCAGAUGCAAUUUGCGUGCAUGAGAAACAGUCCACAUGGUACUUUGAUCUAUGACUGUCAUUUUUUCAUUUUUCUCAGCCAGUGAUGAUCAACGGAAUAAAAAAAAUAAUAAUA